GCUGUCAUCUGUCACAUGACUGUCAAAACAACAAAUCAAAACAUAACCUCUUAACCAACACCGGAAAGCUAUAAUUUUUCUGAAUAAAAAUUCAAAUGAGUUCGAGUAAUAAAAGAACGAUUUACGUGGGUGGACUAGCAGAGGAAGUGGACGAAAAAAUUCUGAAUGCAGCAUUCAUUCCGUUCGGAGACAUAAUCGAUGUUCAAAUUCCAUUGGAUUACGAGUCUGAAAAACAUCGAGGAUUUGCAUUUCUUGAGUUUGAGAAUGCUGAAGAUGCCGCGGCCGCUAUAGAUAACAUGAACGAUUCAGAAUUAUUCGGCAGGACAAUAAGAGUCAACCUAGCUAAACCACAAAAGAUCAAAGAGGGGUCUACGAGGCCUGUGUGGUCUGAAGACACUUGGUUGCAACAACACGCCGGUGAGACAAUAGGCAAAAAAGCAGAAGAAGUUACAGUACAGAAUGAGCAAGAACCUGAAACUGAGUCGACAGUCAAACCGGAAGUUAAGAAAGUGAAGAAUCCUCAAGUGUACUUUGACGUCAAAAUUGGGAAGACUGAAAUAGGAAGAAUCACAAUGAUGUUAAGAGCUGAUGUUGUACCUAGGACAGCAGAGAAUUUCAGGUGUUUAUGUACUCAUGAGAAAGGCUACGGUUACCAGGGAAGCACCUUCCACAGAAUUAUUCCCGAUUUCAUGCUUCAAGGAGGCGACUUCACAAACCACAACGGCACUGGAGGGAAGUCUAUUUACGGCAGAAAAUUUGCAGACGAGAACUUCCAGUUGAAACACGUCGCGCCGGGUACCCUGUCGAUGGCCAAUUCAGGACAUAACACCAAUGGAUCCCAGUUCUUCAUAUGCACUGCAAAGACGGAUUGGUUGGACGGGAAGCAUGUAGUGUUCGGGCAUGUGAUCAGUGGAAUGGACGUUGUGAAGAGGAUAGAAAGGUGCGGGACGAAGACUGGCAAGCCCACCGAGAAAGUCAUCAUUUCAGCUUGUGGUGAAGUCCAGUAAUUUUAAUUUAUGUUUUGUAUUUUUAUAAAAUGUGUAAUACAUAUUAAAUGAUCGAAUCAUGAA